CCAGGAAGCACUAUGGGGGCAGCACACCUAGAACCAUUAAAAGUGGAGAACAACAGGCAUGCAGCGGUACAGGUUAUCCAUGAUUUGGAGUACAGGGCAGGUCAGAGUCAACUGUGGAGACUCGGCAGGACGGGUUCAGACCGCAGGGGAACGUGGGAAAACGAAGAUGAGGGUACAUGUGAAGAGCUGGGCCCUGGUGGUCCUGUUGAGUCUGCACUGGGCUGCUGCUCAGACUGACCCGUGUGAAGCUCCAGACAAGAAAUGUGACUUUAGCUGUGACUGUUCAAGCUGCAGCGAUGAACUCAACUGUGGCUACAUGGGGAAGACGUUUGUGUGCGACUUUGAGGAUGCAGCAGGGACGUGCGGAUGGACUGUCGAGUCCUUGAACGCACCGUACAAAUGGGAGAGGCGUCAGAGAGGAGCCUCGCUCCCCGACAGCGGACCAUCCUCUGACUUCACCACCGGCACCGCCACCGGGUGGUUUAUGGGUGUAACUGCGGUACAGAUGAGCGCUGACGGUAAAAUCAGUACUGCUGUUUUAACUUCACCAGAGAUGAAACAAUCUGCACCGACAUGUCGCCUCCGCCUCAGAUAUUUCCUGUGGGACUCGGGUCAUACUGGAUUCAGCGGUUCUCCUCUGUGGGCGUCCGUCCUCCGCUCUGGAGACUCUGCAGACGAAGCCGUGGUGUGGCGUCCAGAGGACACCAGCGUCCGGGGGUGGAGGGAGGACACCAUCUUCCUGGGCCGGAUCCCAACCACCUUCCGGAUCCGGUUUCACUCCCAGCGCUCCGAAGGCCGGAGCGGAGACAUGGCCUUAGACCAGCUGGAGUUUCUGGACUGUGCUUUUCCUGCUCCACUUCCUGAGUGUCCACCAGGGAUGAACAAGUGCAACAACGGCGUCUGCAUCGGGUCGCGACAAAUGUGCGACGGCACCGAUGACUGUGGCGACGGGAGCGAUGAGUUCAACUGUGACGGUUACCGACUCUGUACGUUCGAGGACGGCCUCUGUGACUGGGACCUGAGCAGUCUGUCCAAUCUCAAAUGGGUCAGAACGACUCAGGAAAACAUCUCCAUCUCAGACCCUCAGAAAGGCCCGGGCAGAGACCACUCCAACAACACAGCAUCAGGACACUUCCUGUACGUCACCGUCCCUAAAGGGGGUCUCCUAAAUGACUGGGCAGCUUUUCAAAGUCCACGCCUUGAACCCACCACAAGUUCACAACCGUGUAAGAUGGUCAUGUACACCCACCAGUUUGGGCGCAGGUCGGGCGGUUUGACGGUUCUGGUCGCAGAUACUAUCGUCCACCCAGUGUGGGAGAGGGGCGGAGCUCUGGGCGACGUCUGGGUGAAGGCCGAGGUGGAGAUUGUGACCAACUCCACCUUCCAGAUUCUAAUAAUGGCGGCCAUCAGAGACUUUACCUAUGGAGGUGUUGCUGUCGACAGCAUCACGUUGUCUCCUGGAUGUCGUUUAUCGAAUGUCAAUGACACCUGGGCCAAAUUCCCCGACCCUCCUCCACACCCCUGCACCCAACCAGAGAAGAUGUGUGAUUUUAAUGACGACUGUCCAAAAGCAGAGGAUGAAAGUAGAUGUGGUGACUUCUCAUUUGAAAACGGAGCCUCAGGUUGGACUGAUUCCAGCAUUGGGAGUCAGGGUUGGGUUCUGUAUAAAAAUGAGUCAUCUGAACGUCAUUCAGCAGAUGAUUACCUGUAUGUAGCUGAGGCCUGGGGUCAGCAGCUGACCGAAGCCCAGACCCGGACCCCUCUCCUGGGCCCGUCUGGACCCGCCUGCACCCUCAGCUUUGACUUCGCUCUGACCGGGAACCCCGCCCACAUCGGUGAACUGUCCGUCAGGGUGAUUGACAGCUCACUGGGCAUUCUGCCGAAACUGUGGGAGUUUGCUGGGAAGACGGGAACAGAGGAAGAAGCAUGGAGACACGCCGUGGUACCUGUUGGAGACAGGAAAAACCGCUUCCAGCUGGUGUUCGAAGCUCGUGCUGAGAUCCUGAAUCGGUCGGCAGAGAUAAAAGUCAAAAAUGUUCACUUCAUCACAUGUAACGCCAACUACCGUCCACAUUUUCCAACAGGGGUGUCGUGUAAUUUUGAGGAUGGAUUAUGUGACUGGUAUCAGGACACCAGUGAUAACUUUGACUGGACGCUGGUGGACGGGAUGGACCACACGGUUGGGAUCGGUAAAAGUCUGGCUGUGGACCUGUGGAGUCCGUCGCUUCGUGGUGUGUUCGGACGUUUACUUUCAUUCCCCCAGUCCAUCUCCACAGAUCACUGCCUCUCCUUCUUCUAUAAACUCUACGGCCCAAAUACAGGCGUUCUGAGCAUAAAGCUGCUGGCUGAUGACGGUUACGAGACCGUCCUCUGGACCCGAAGUGGAGCCCACGGUAACAUGUGGCAUGAAGCCCACUGCCCCGUCCCACACCAGCUGACCAGCUUCCAGCUGAUGUUUGAGACCGUUCGCUCCGGCUUCGACGGGCAGGUGGCCAUCGAUGACGUGGCGUUCGUGGACGGUCUGUGCUCCGCCCCUCGGUUGUGCUCCUUCGAAGGUCAGGAAUGUGGAUACAGCAGCUCAGGUGACAUCCGCUGGCUUUACCGCAACGGACACACCGCAACGAGGACCGGACCCAAAACGGACCACACUCUGGAGACCGAACUGGGUUUCUACAUGAUGGUCAACACUGGCUCCGACCUCCUUCCUGCCGGCGGUACGUCCACCCUCGCCUCUCCUGUUCGAUAUGGGACGGCCCACACCCACUGCCUGCAUUUCUGGUAUCACAUGGGAGGAGCCGAUCCUGGUUCUCUGACUGUUUACAUGAAGCCGGUGAAAGGAGAGAGGGUGAAGAUCUUCUCCGACCAUCUGAACCAGGGAGACGUCUGGCGUCACGGCAAUGGCAACAUCUCCAGCGUGGAGGACUGGCAGUUGCAGUUCGAGGUUGUUGCAGCUGGUGGUAAAAACACUCACGUUGCAGUUGAUGACAUCUUUAUUUCACCCCACCCAUGUGAAGCUCAAGAUUCUACGUGCAGCCUGGAGAGAGGAAUGUGCAGCUGGAGCAACACCCAAAACAUCAACGUGGACAAACUGGACUGGGAGCUGAGCAGCCGCGAGGCCGAGAAGCACUACCUGACCCCCCAGGAGGACCACACACUGGGCACCGAGAGAGGUCACUUCCUGUUCCUGUCCAGCAGCAACAGAACAGCGGCCAAUGAAAACGCUCAGCUGCUCAGUCCUCACCUGCCCCCGACUAAAGGCACCUGCCUCAGAUUCUGGGCCAUUAAGCAACAGUCACCCGACAGUCAGCUGAAGGUGUGGAGGAAGGCUGGAGGUCAACUCCACGAGAUGUUGGUCAUCCACGAAACCAGAGAAAUGUGGAGACGCUUUGACAUCAACAUCACAUCCCCUGAGGAAUACCAGAUUGUUUUGGAAGGUAUCAAAGGCACGUCUGGGUUUUGGGCUUUAGAUGACAUCGAGUACACGGUCGGGGUCGACUGCGCUCGAACAGAUCCCUUAACACAUAAAAAGAAGCCGAUCAACGCUGGGGGAAUUGCGGCGUCCGUCAUCGUGGUGCUGCUGCUGAUCGGCACGUUGAUCGCUCUGCUGGUUUAUUACCUGAAAACCCACCAGGCCACGCCCUCCUCCUCCUCCUCCGCUGCCGGCUUUAGUAAUGAAGUAUACGACGAGGACCUGACACGAGACCAUAUAAGUGUUUCAGAGAUUCCAAACCAUCCCAGGGAAACUGGGUUCAACAAUGUCUCUCAGGAUCUGGUCGACUUCCGGGAGAUGGAGGUGGCGUGAGGCGGGGUCAGCGGAGGUCCUGCCGCCUAACGGUGGCUUCGUGAAUUAAAGGUGACAUCACAGCAGGAGAACUGUUUGUGUCACCUCUUUAAUGACAGAUAGAAACACACAAACACAAACACACAUAAACCCCCCCAGUAGUGAAACGCUGACGGAGGCCCGGCCGGCGCCGCUGCCGCUGAUCUGAGAUCUGCCGGAGCCGCCGAGGGUCACGGCCCUCUGACUGAGUGGACAGAUGGAGGUCAGAAGGUGAAUGGAUAACAUCCCAUGGACAGAAACAGAAGGAGGCUUCUUUUAGAUCAACUCUGGACAGAACGGAGACAGCAGGAAGUGUGGCAUGAAGGGUUAGGGUCCGUUUGGGAUCAGACUGAGGGUCAGCGCAACGCCGGCUGAACCGUCCAGUUUAAGAAGAAGACGGAUGAUUUGGUUCUUAUCGUUUUAUAGGAAGAACGGAUAAAAUGAAAGGAUAAAAUGUGUCAAAGUUAAAGAUGAGUUUAGAACAGAGGCUGACUGCAGACAGAUGUACUCACAGAGGGUCCGACUGACUCUGAACAAAGUAGAAUUCAGCUCUGAUUCAAAUA